AUGUUGCGUGAAUAUCUGCUACUGCCAUUGCUGGCCUCUGUCAGCGCGGCUUAUACGAUCUCAGUUGCAAAGUCUGGUGGCAAUUUCACUUCUAACACGCAGUAUGGUGUCAUGGAAGAGGAAAUUAAUCAUGGUGGUGAAGGAGGACUGUACGCAGAAUUGAUUCGCAACCGAGCUUUCCAAGGGAGCUCCCUCUACCCGUCAACUUUGGACGCCUGGACUGCGGUCGGUGAGUCAACCUUGGCCUUGCAGAAUCUCAGCAACCCACUGUCUUCUGCUCUUCCGACAUCGGUCAAGGUUUCAGGAAAGGGUACUAUUGGCCUUACAAAUGAGGGUUGGUGGGGAAUUGAUGUGCGCCCUCAGAAGUAUUCCGGAUCUUUCUAUGUGAAAGGAUCCUACAAGGGUUCUUUCACUGCAUCACUCGAGUCCAGUACCGGAAAGACACUUGCUAGUGUUCAGGUGACUUCUAAGAGUGUUGCCAACGCAUGGGUUCAGCAUGAUUUUACACUCACGCCGAAGUCCAAAGCUGCCGACGUCAAUAAUACAUUCUCGCUCACGUUUGAUUCCUCGAAAGCAUCUGGUGGUUCUUUGGACUUCAAUUUGAUUAGCCUGUUCCCACCAACCUGGAAUAACCGUGCCAAUGGCUUGCGCACUGACCUUAUGCAGGCCAUGAGUGAUAUGGGUGUGUCAUUCCUUCGAUUCCCCGGCGGAAAUAACCUGGAGGGAGAGACAAUUGACACUCGCUGGAAGUGGAAUGAGACUCUUGGGCCACUCAAAGACCGUCCCGGUCGUCCUACUACAUGGGGCUAUGAGGAGACAGGUGGAAUGGGUCUAAUCGAGUACAUGCAAUGGUGCGACGAUCUUGGCAUGGAGCCCAUCCUCGCCGUUUGGAGUGGUCUCGCCCUCAAUGAGGAUGUCGUUGCCGAAGCCGAUAUUGAUAUCUAUGUCGAAGAUGCCCUCAACGAGAUAGAAUUCUUGACUGGCUCUGUCGAUACCGAGUAUGGUGCGCUUCGUGCCAAAUACGGAUAUCCUGACCCAUGGACUCUCAAGUAUGUCGAGGUUGGCAAUGAAGACCACCUCAAUAAUGGCUUGGAAUCAUACAUUGCAUACCGGUUUGCUGCAUUCUACGAUGCCAUUACGGAGAAAUACCCCCAUAUUCAGGUUCUCGCAUCGACCAUUGAUCUGACUCUUCCGGGCACAGCGGGUGGUGAUUUCCAUCUCUAUGAUAUCCCGGAUAAUUUUGUCGCCGCUUUUAAUCAGUUUGAUCAGUACACCGAUGCGAAUCCUAUCCUAUUGGGUGAGAUCGCCGCUACUGAAUUUAAUAAUGGCGUUGGCAUUGACUGGAGCGAUAUCAAUUUCUCGCUGUAUCCUUGGUGGAUUGGUUCGGUCGCCGAAGCUGUUUUCCUGUUGGGAGCAGAGCGAAAUGCGGACAAGAUCAUUGGAACAACUUAUGCACCCUACUUCAUGAAUCUCAACUCCUAUGAAUGGAGUCCGUGCAUGUAUUCUUUCGAUGCCGAUCCAGAUAAUACUGCCAUUUCGACGAGUUGGCAUGUGUACAGUCUCUUCAACCACCACCAUAUUACCAACACCCUGCCGACAACAUCAGCAGACGCAUACGGUCCUCUAUACUGGGUUGCUGGUUUGAACAACAAGACCAGCUCGCACAUCUGGAAAGGAGCUGUGUACAAUAGCACUGAGAAUGUGCCAGUUUCAUUGACAUUUGAAGGCGUCUCAAAGGGUACCAAGGCUGACUUGACCAUCUUGACGGCUCCUGAUGCCUUUUCGAUGAAUGCGGUUGGAGGAGCUAAUCUCGUGGAGUCCAAGACUACGACUAUCCAGGCUGGAAAGAGUGGAGUAUUCAGCUUCAGCUUGCCUAACCUGAGCGUUGCGGUGCUUACUACGAUUUAA